GAACCUGUCUAUGUGCCUGAUGCAGCAAGCAAGUCGAGUUGUCAGCUAAGAGAAAUCAUUUUUGCUCUAUCACAUAUAUAAUAAUUCUACGGUUUGGCAUAAUGUCCCGCGUACUGAACGGCAUUGUCGCAGUUUGCCCUGACAUGGGCAUUGGCAAAAAUGGAAAUCUCCCAUGGCAUCCAAUAAGGCUAAGUAAUGAAUUCAAGCAUUUCCAAAGGAUGACAAUGACUCCCUCAGUUGAAGGAAAAAAGAACGUGGUCAUUAUGGGUAGGAAGACAUGGUUCUCCAUUCCAGCUCAGAAUAGACCCCUCAAGAACAGGAUCAAUGUUGUUCUCAGCAGAGAGCUAAAGCAGCCCCCAUCAGGAGCUCACUACUUGGCAUCUGAUUUUACUGAGGCACUACGUCUUCUGGACACAACAGAUUUAGAUAAAGAGGUGGACCAGGUCUGGGUUAUUGGUGGCAGUUCGCUGUACAGAGUUUCCGGGGGUUCCGGAAGGUCUUCAGGAGGAGAACGGUGUCCAGUACAGAUUCGAGGUCUACGAGAGCAUAGAUCACUGACCAGCACGCAUCCCUCAACACUGAAACUGAUUCUGAAAUAGAGCCCCCAAGAUGAUGCAGAAUUGCAAAUAUUGUAACUGCAAUUGUUUUUGUUGUCAUUCCUCUGUUCCCUCUCCGUGGAUGUAUUUGGUGUUUCAGAGCUAGUAUGGGGUCACAUUCUACGACAGGCCAGCUUAGUCUGUCAUUGCCUUGCAUAAGAGCGUAAUCCCAUGCUGUCUGUGCUGUACCUCAUUCCUCUCUUUCAGGAAACAGUGUUUAUAUGCAUAGCCUCAUGUGUGUGUCGGCCAACUCAGCUGGAUGCAGGGAGCGCUUUAGCACCACACUGUACAAUACUAGAGGACAUGCACCCAUCCAUUCCUGAUAAACAAUGUAGCUAUUUUUGACACACCUGGAAGAACCUGGAUCGUGUGUGUGUGUGUGUGUGUGUGUGUGUGUGAACAUGCCAUGCCUACAAUGAUAAUAUCUACCAAAACACUGCUGAAUACAUUUAAGCAUAAUAUUGAAUCACCUCAGAAUGAUUCUUGUUUUCAGGUCCUUUUUUUGGAAAACAAUAAAUAUUCUACUGUA